ACGCUUCGGGAUGAAGCCUGAGCUUAUAAACCGGGACGAGGCAAUGUGCUCUCGUCCACCUUUUUCCUGUCCUUCAUAUUUCCUACGUCCAUGUCGCUACCUGACGGGUCUGCACUUGGGGUCGAUGUGCAGACGGAGGACAUAUUCUCCAACGGUAUCUCACACAUGUCGUUGGACCAUGGAAACGUGGUGGAUGGUGUGGUAGAUGGGCUGAGGAAACCCUUACACGAUGAUACCAGCCCCGCGGAAUCUAACUCAAGUUUUGUAUCGAGCUCAUCGUCUGCACCUGUUCAUUUCUCACCAAAACCGCGACGCAGUAAAUCAGCGUCCCAUCGUUCUAUCUCACAGCUCAAGACCGUUUUAUCCGACCCAUCUUUUCAUUCUCCUUCUCAGAUCGUAGGCACCCCAUUUGACAUUGGUCCUUCUCCAUUCGAGUACCCUUUCCCAAGGGGUGAAAGUCCCACUACUUCUGAACCGAACCUCCCUCUCUCCUCCUCUCUUCCCGCUGCUCCGGUCUCCCACGUCGCUCAUUCUCACUCUCUUCCCCCUAUAAAUCCCCCAUGGGCACCGCUUGUAUCAAAGUCUUUCCCUCUCAUUGCUCCUCCGCCUAUCAAAGCGAACCUCUCGUCUUCUCAUCCAAAAUUACGACAGGGUGCCGUGCGGGAACCCCCAAUUCCACCUGGACUUGCAAAGAAACGACAUCAGUUCAGCAUGAGCUCCCAGUCGCGCCGCACCACUGAUGAGAUUGAUGAAGUUCCGAGAGGUCGUAGACCUUCCCGAUUCAGUCAGUCCGACGUAGACCCGCAGAAGCAAAACGGAGAAGAAUCAGAUGUAACAUACACCCCAGAUACAACAGAACUCGCGAACCCAGAAAGGUUUCCCGUCACUGAUGGAACAACGAAUGGAGAUGUAGUUGAUGCCAACGGGGAAGUCAAGCUGCCUUCUCCCCACCGGUUAGUAGAUGGACCCCAAAAGAACGCACAAAGCCCGGAUAUUGGAAAGGCGUUGAGCGCGAUUUCCGAAGGCAGUGGGUUUCAUCCUACAGUUUCCGCGUUCAUUUCUUUAAUCUUUACAUUAUCAUUCAUAUCUAUGUUCCUUUCGGUAUUCGCAUGGGUCUUGAAAAUUUCUUUGGGUUCGUAAAGGUCCUGAAGGGACGAAUGCUUAGGGUCAAGGUAUGCGGGGUAGCCGCAUUAUCGCUCUUAUGUUUUUUCGUUCAUUGUACACACUUUUUUCGUCACAUUUUUCCGGCAGAUCAACUCGCACACGAUUGUUGUUGUCUUUAUACCUCACUCAUGCAUGCUUCAAAUCAUAAAAUUAUUGCUCAUCAUGUCCACUGUCGUUGUAUAUACAUCUUAGUUCAGCAUUUGCUUUCCACAUUCAUUUUACUUUGUCUUUCAUCUGUUACCACUUGUAGUCUUGCACUCUUCUCGUUGUCACACACGAAUCUCACUAGUCAGCCCAACUGGCGCAUGCAGCUAUACACAAAUUGCAUUUAUCUGUAUCUUUAUUCUAAACGAACUCGAAGUGGCGACUUCACAUGUUUGGUGACAGGGUUGUAUCAAAUAAACUAUUGAAAGUCACGUUAUUG